AUGGAUGAAAGGAUCCUGAAAUCAAUAUUAUGUAGCUGUGAAAGUGUUACAAAAGAUCUUGAAAACUCAAAGGAUUAUAAAAAGUUAUUGGAAGAAGAUAAAUUUUUACCAACAUCUAAUGAUAUAUUAAAUGCAUUGUGUACAUCUUUGACAAACUUAUUGUCAUAUAAAGUAUCAAAAGAAGCAUAUCAACGUUAUACUGUACGGCUUCAUGUAAUUAAUGUUUUAAGAGAUUGGUGUAGAAUCAAUGAUGCCCUUCAAGAUUUUGAAGUACUCAGAGAUGAAAAGCACACUUCAACACUGCUAAAAACUUUAUUGGAAAAAUAUUUAACAGAUGAUAUCUUAGAUAGUUGUGACUCAACUGAUAGCUUGCUAUCAUUAACCAGUGCUUUAAUGUGUUUAGCUCCUACAAAUUCUUAUUGUAAAUCUUAUGUGGAGAAAGUAUUACUGAAACUUGUGGAAUUGGGACCCUGUGAUCAAAGUAAAUACUUGCUAUGUUAUGCUGUGCAAAGGAACUCUAAUUUAAAUCUCGAGAUUUCAACCAUAGAAAAAAUAUAUCAGUCACAGAAGUGCAAAUUGAUAGAGCAACCACUAUUAGAUGAUUUCAUAUCAUCUUGUAGUAAUUUAAAUAAAGAUAAUGAUGUGAACAAUUCAGAGAGUAUCAAUUUAAUAAAUCAAUUAUUUGAGUUUGUCAGUAAAUCUUCACACAUCUUUUUAUUAGUAUGUGGUUUUUUGAAGGAAUUACAGGUAGAAUUAGAUCAUGCUCCUACUGUUAUAAAAUUUAUACAAUCAACAUUAAAACGUAUUAAGGAAUAUUGUGAAAAUCAGGGUAAAGAUAUUUUGGAUCUUUACCCAAGAAAUUUGCAAUCUCUUGUAAUUUUAUUACGAAUAGAACCAAUGUACCAUACAGAUGAUUCUAAAAGUGCAACAUUAAAAAUGCUGAAACAUAUUUAUACUGAAGAGAAAGAUACUGCAAUAACAUUGUUGUCACAUUUCUCUCAGUGGUUAAACUUAUUUGGAGUACAAUUCUUAAAUUCAGACAUUAGGUAA